AUGGCUGCGCAGUCCAAGUUGCGCAGCACCGCUGCCGAACGGGCCAUUGCCGACUUCUUCGACAAGUGGACUGGCGCCGCCGAGUCGCGAUUCCGCAACAGCUCCCGCGCAACUCGCAUCCUCGCCACGCUCGCUUUCAUUGCCUCCUUGGUUGUCAGCGCCGAAGGCACUCGCCGUUGGUGGAAGAAUAGCUCCCAGGAGCAUGAACAGGGUCGCAAAUUGGUCCGUACCAACUCGUGGUUGCACAACAAGGAUGGAUCGCGCACCAUCUACGUCCCGUAUAAGCAAGGCACCUCCAAGGUCACCAUCAACACCACCAAAUCUCUCACCUUCGAAGCCCAUCGACGACUCUUCCUCAACCCGCCUCGCGUCUCUGGUCUGGGCGAUGCCGCAAUACCUUCAGCCCAGACCAAGCCUGGCCUGAACCUGGCCUUCCUCCACCAGUUUCUCAGCCUCAUGAGUAUCAUGAUUCCUCGCUGGACCAGCAAAGAAGCCGGUCUGCUACUUAGCCAUGGCCUCUUUCUAAUUCUUAGAACAUAUCUGUCACUUGUUGUUGCCCGUCUAGACGGCGAAAUUGUGCGCGAUUUGGUCGCAGGAAAUGGAAAGGCCUUUUCAUGGGGUAUUGCGAAGUGGCUCGGUCUCGGUGGCUUUGCGUCUUAUACCAACGCUGCGAUCAAGUAUCUCGAGUCCAAGGUGUCCAUUGCCUUCCGCACGCGACUCACGAGAUAUAUCCACGAUCUGUAUCUUAACGAAAACAUGAACUACUACAAGCUGUCAAACCUCGACGGCGGGAUUGGCCAAGGAGCCGAUCAAUAUAUCACACAGGAUCUCACCCUCUUUUGCGCGGCCGCCGCUAACCUCUACUCGUCUCUUGGAAAGCCGUUUAUUGACCUCUGCGUCUUCAACUUCCAGCUAUACCGGUCCUUGGGACCUCUAGCCCUUACUGGCCUGAUGAGCAACUAUUUCCUCACUGCCAGCAUCCUUCGCAGAUUAUCCCCCCCAUUUGGAAAGCUCAAGGCGGUAGAGGGCCGUAAAGAGGGCGACUUCCGCAGUCUCCAUGCUCGUCUGAUCGCCAAUGCUGAGGAAGUUGCUUUCUAUGGCGGCGCUGACACGGAAAAGACGUUCCUCAACAAGGAGUACAAGUCGCUCAAGAGCUGGAUGGAGGGCAUCUAUAUGCUCAAGAUUCGUUACAACAUUUUGGAGGACUUUAUUCUCAAGUAUAGCUGGAGUGCUUACGGUUAUCUUUUGGCUUCGCUACCUGUCUUUUUGCCAGCCUGGGGUGGCGUUGGAGGACUGUCGGAGAUGGUGGACCACGUUCAGAAAGGCGGUCGUGAACGCAACCGAAUGAAGGCUUUCAUUACCAACAAGCGCCUCAUGCUUUCGCUUGCUGAUGCAGGUGGCCGCAUGAUGUACUCGAUCAAGGAUCUGGCCGAGCUUGCCGGCUAUACCAGCCGUGUAUACACGCUUAUCUCUACCCUGCACCGAGUCCAUGCUGACGCCUACUAUCUGCGUAACGCGCAAAACGAGCUCUAUUCACUCUCUGACAUACAAGGAACCAUCCAAAAGGGCUUCGACGGUGUCCGAUUCGAGCAGGUCCCGAUUGUCGCCCCUAGCCUGUGGCCCCAGGGCGGCGAUGAGCUGGUAGACUCGCUUUCCAUGAUUGUCCGCAGUGGCGAGCACUUGCUCAUCUCUGGGCCCAACGGCGUCGGCAAGACUGCUAUUGCGAGAGUUCUCGCCGGCCUCUGGCCCGUCUACCGUGGAUUGGUCAGUCGCCCCAAGAAUAUCGGCGAGGAUGGCAUCAUGUUCCUUCCUCAGCGUCCGUAUCUCAGCCCUGGUACUCUCCGUGACCAGGUCAUAUACCCGGAUGGCCACUUAGACAUGCGUCUGAAGCGCAGAACUGAGGACGACUUGAAGCGCGUCCUUGCUGAGGCGAAACUUGGAUACCUGCCUGACCGGGAAGGUGGCUGGGACACACGCAAAGAAUGGAAGGACGUGCUGAGCGGUGGUGAGAAACAGCGCAUGGGCUUUGCUCGCUUGCUGUACCAUGAGCCUAAGUACGCCAUCAUCGACGAGGGAACCAGCGCUGUGUCGAGCGAUGUGGAAGGACUUCUCUACGAAACAUGCAAGGAGAAGGGCAUCACUCUAAUCACAAUCUCAACCCGAGCGUCGCUCAAAAAAUACCAUACCUACAACCUUGUUCUGGGACAGGGCGAGACUGGUGACACUUGGGAGUUUGACCGCAUCGGCACCGAGCGCGAGAAGCUUCAGGUGGAAAAGGAGCUGCAGGAGAUUCGCGAGCGGCUAGCCCAAGUCGACGAGUGGAAGCAGAGACGGCAAGACAUUGACAAGGAGUUGGCGGCGGUGUGGACCGAUCAGGGCGAGUCCCUAGCUGCGCCCGAGUACGUAGAUACGGCGGAGGCUGCCGCGAGUGAAGAAGCGACUACAACUGCAUAG